CACCAAUCGAGAGCUCACCAAAGCCACGAACGACAGCUGCCCGCACACACACUGCAGGGAGCUACCACCAACACCUCGCCAUGGCGUCCGGAUACGGUCUGAACGGGGGCCCCUCGCGGUGCUUCCCCUUUUGGCAGGAGGUGAUGGCCUGCUACGUGAUCAACAGCUCGGCCGACGACCCGCAGAGCAGGAAGAAGUGCGGCCCGGUUCUGGAGGACUACUACGAGUGCCUGCACCACAAGAAAGAGCGCGCGCGUGCUCAAGCCCUCCAGCUGGCUUACCGGAAGGCGGAGAGGGCGAACCCCAGGGGAGACCCGCCGACCGCGGGGCAGAUACGGAAUCUUGGGCUAAUAGGCAAGGAGGAGGACACGGCGAAAGUGCUGGGGACAUGAUGAGCACUGGGAGAAGGAAUGGCGGAAGGGGAACAUGGGGGAUUGGGUUUGGGGUAUGGAAGAUGGAGGUAGAGAGUGCGUGCAGCGUGUAUUUGUUCGGAUGAGCAAAGGGAAGGCCUUUGAUAUGGCCCGUCGAAUGCAUUGAGCCGUUUACCAGACCAGCUGGGAUUCUUUGCUGGCUCGUGUCACUGCGUGGGCGGAAGCGGAUCAG